AUGACUCCCGAAUUCCCUUCCUCUUCCGACUGCGAGCCCUCCGACCCUUCUACCACACCUCACCAUUACGCUGCCCCCACCUCGAACCCCUCCUUCCUCGCCCUGAUCGAGUUGGUUCCCCAACCUCCCCCCGGCAGCUGGGCCAACCUCGUCGCAUCCCAUCCCGAGUGGUUCACGGCCUGCAAGCUUCCGCGUGAAAUCAGAAUCGACCUCGCCGGCGUGUUUGCUGGCCAAGCAACAGGAACCGGGAACGCCAGGCUACUCACUGACGUUCUCGCUCGCAUGCUCUUCCCCCACAGGUUUGAUGCGUUUGGCAGACACACGCCACUCGGCAUUGUCCCAUCAAUCACCUUUGGUUCCGCAGAGUGGCCCAGCAACAACAUGGGUCGCGCAUACGCGGCCGUCGAGAGGUACAACCGUAACAGCGUGGAGACAAAGUGCGCAACCAGGUGGAUGACGGCUCGCUGCCAGGCAGCUUGCCUCCAGGUCGUGGCAUACGCCGCGCUCGUCAUUGUCCCCACGACACUGGUCCAUUUCCUCUCCGAGGCGCUUACGCGCAUCCGCCCGUGUCCCUCAAUCUCUACGGAAGACCUCACAUCAGAGCAGCGUCUCCGCGAAGCUGCCACUCUCAUUCAGCGCGACCGUGCCUGUACUGCCAACGAGGCCGUUGCCCAGGCUGUCGGCCAGGCCGCCUUCCUCCACGAGGCCACUGGCCUCGGUUUUGGCAUGGCCAUGGCCGGUCCCAAGUUUGCUCGCACCGUCGCGCUCUCGCACCAUGUCAUCUGCGUUGAGCUCCUCCCGCGCAACGGUCACUCCGAAGCCGACUUUACGGUCGUCGUUGGGCUGAACCACCUUUUCGCCGACGACCUCUGGGACCGAAUGCCACACAACCUCGUCACCCGUGCAGUGCCCGACGACAUGGCCCGUUCAGUGGCCGAAAACAUGCCUAGCCACCCCUUGGCCCACCAUGACCAGGUUCUCAACCAUCACAGCCUCCAGCGCUUCCUGGACCUGUUCGCCGCGGCCCAAAUGUCCCUCGGCACCCAGCCAAUCUCCACCCACCAUCACCCCAACCCGCGUUUGAGCAACAUGGGUCGUAUCCAGACAUGGCUUCUCGAGGGGGCCAAUCGCCACCACCGCCAGUACCUUGCGCUGCCACCCAUUCCCAUCCAGGUUCCAGUCAUCUCUUCUGUUUCCUCGUUGUGGGCGCUGCAGGUCGCCGGCAUCGUCGUGGUCGUUGUUCCACCUGCCACGUUUGACGACCUGCUCCUCGAAAUGGUUGUCCUUGCCGGAAGUGACUACCCAGCGGGUCCUGUCGGUUGCUCAGACCACUUCCCCUACGUUCACACAGCGACCGACACCGAAGAGGAGGUGACGCCCGUCAGGCAGCAAGGCCAACCAGUCAAGCGGGACCUCUACUUGCCCACUCCUUCCACGACCGUCCCAAACAGCGCCAUCGGCCUGGGCCUGCAGAUCAAGCUCCCCGCACUUCCGCCUCCAGUUCAACCUGCUCCCUCACCUUUCACGUCCGUCUCCGAACCCCUUGCUCCAGCCAAGAUCACUGGCAAGCGUAAGCGUGCGGCCCCCGGCCAACCCAAGGUCCAGCCGUCCAGGGCGAACACUGCAGCCAAGCCUCCCCGGGCCACUUCCAAGACGAACCCCGCAGCCAAGCCUGUGCGCGCUACCUCGACCGAGAGGCCCAAGGGACGUCUCCCCAAGACCAGCACAAGCAAGAGGGCACCUGCUCCAAGCCCAACGAAUAUCGCGCCUGCUCCAGCCCCUACUCAAGCGCCCGCUCCAGCGCCUGUUGAGAUUCUCCCCGAAUCCAGUGCAAGCACGAGCCCCGUUGCCGCGUCUACUCCCCAGGACCGCCCCAUGACGGCUGUCUCCUUCAGCGACCUCCUUGUGGAUGGAGCGGAUGAGCUCGUUCAGCCCAGUCUCCUCAGUGACGACUCUAGCCUUUCUCCAGCCGAAUCCAGUGCUUCGACCCCGUGGCCCAACGGACCUCCCUCCCAGCCCGAUGCAGGCAAGAAUGCACCUGCUCCGACGCCUGUCCAGGUUCUCCCGGAGUCCACUGCAAGCACGAGCCCAACUGCCACGUCCAUCCCCCAGGACCGCCCCAUGACGGCUGUCUCCUUCAGCGACCUCAUUGUUGAUGGAGGGGAUGAGCUCGUCCAGUCCAGUGUCCUCAGUGACUCCAGUGACUCUAGCCUUUCGCCGGCCGAGUCCAGUCCCUCCAUGUGA